UCGUCUAAUCUGUUCUAAACUUAUCCUGGUUAUAUAUUUAGUAAGUUAUGUAUCAGCUAUGGACAGUGAAAAAAGUAAGAAAUUAAUAAGGCGGACAACCAGAAAAACUAUCGCAGGUAUAAAAUUACCUCCGCUUGAAGGUUCUGCAGAUGGGCAAGUUAAAACCAUACUGGAUAUAGAUCCGGACUAUUACUCAUUAGUUGAAGGUCGCCCUAUAAAACCCAAUCCAUCUAUAUAUAAGUACAAGCAAAAUGUUAAAGAAGUGGCUUUGAAGAAAACGCUAUAUGGCUUCCUCGUCGAUGAAAUUCUUAGAAUUGAAAAGGAAAUUGAAACUGAACGAAUAGUUUAUGAAACUGCAUCAACACAUUUUAACGAAUAUCAAGACAGUUUUGACAAGUUUUUGGCCGACGACAAUAAUAAAACAAUCGCAAUAAUGAAGAAGUCUGACGCGCUCUCAAAAGAUAUUUUGAUUCUUUCUGAGGAACAUAAAAAAGCUAAUUAUGAGGUCGCGUCUUUAAAAUCGAAGUUGCAGUAUAUUGACGAAACAUUAUCAAUUUUAUUAUCGUUCCAAAAUUUUCUUUGUAAAGCUGCCCCCAUACUGUGGCGAGAAAAACAAAAUGUCAUGUUAGAUGUUAAGCAUGAAGAUAUUUUUAGAAUGGAUUCUAACAUUUUUCAGAAGAUAGAUGUACAGGAAAUUAAAGAAAAUUUAAACGGACUUCCUCCAACACAUCUUUAUUUUGAAACACCUGUACAGCUUAUAACUGUUUUUGAUGCAUUAGAGAAACAAAAUUUAAACUAUUUAUUAGCAACUGAAGAGUUAAAUACGGAGAAGAAUAAAUUUUUAAAGGCAUUAGAUAAUAUAAAACUAAAAUUACGACAGGAACUGGAUUAUAUACAGCAAAAGAUAAUUGAGAUAGAAGAAAUAAUAGCUUCCACUGAGGCACGAGAGACAGAAGUGAAAGAAGUAUUUUAUAGGAUAUUGGGACAAAAACUGCAAUAUUUAAUUUCAUCUGACACUGCGUUGCAAAUUUUUAAUUAUGUUGAAUUUGCUUAUGAACAUUUAAUUGCACCAAAUGAUACUAAACUUAAAUCGCUUGCAAUGGCUUUGGCGCUUGAAACUGAAUAUGACAAUCUAAUGAUGGAUAUAUCUGUAUAUGAUCUGAAUCUUGUUAAAUCAAUUGAAAAAGAAAUUUACGAAGAUGGUGAUAAGCAAAUAAAACGGGCAAAAGAAGCCCACAAACUAUUAAAGGACGUAGAAAAACUAAACAGGCGAUUAAAAUCUUCCUAUGAACCAUCAAGGAGGAAUACUUACAAUGAGUGAAUAAAAUCAUAUUUGAUAGCCGUACCAUUGCCUGUUCAUGUGAUAGGUAAACACAAUAUAGUGUUCAAUUGUUCUGUGAUCAAUACAUAUUCAUUCUUCGAGUAUUUUAUAUUAUUUAAUUUAUUAGUCAAGAAUGCUAAGUGCUGCUAUAAAGAUCUUAUUAAACUUUCACGCGAAAACCGUCGAAGGUUUUCCUCUUUCCUUCUUUUUCCA